AUGAUUGCUACAGCUCUAAGAGUUAAACGUAAACGCACAGACGACCCUGUCACUGCUUUGUAUUUUGACGACACGCGAACUUCGCUAUCUGCGCGCAAAAAAGUUCGCGUUGACAAUGUUGUAUAUCGACUGUCACAAACUGUUGACCGACCAGAUUUGUCGAUUGGCGGUCAGCCUACUGCCCAAGACACUUUGUCUGCGGCUUCAUCUUCUCUCCAGGCCACUCCCACGGCCGUGCCACGCGACAUUGUACUUGAGCGGGCCCCAUUAACUGUUCCCGGAAAUGUAUCUACGCGCUCCAGUAUUGGUGGUUCCAGCAAUAGUCGUGUGUUUCGACUUGUACGACCUUCAGUUGGUAGUGGUUCUACCAAUGAUAAAAAUGCUCAACAACUGAAUCAGCAGAAACAAAAACAACAACAACAAGGACAAGGACAGCAACAACAGGAUGUUGACAUGUUACCACCAGAAAUCACAUCAAUGCUUGAUACAUAUUUAGAUGAUAGUUCUUCUAUUGGCAACCCGUCGCAGCAACUACAACAACAGCGUCACUUGCCGUCUGGUCAUGCGCGUAAAUUGCACCAAGACGCACAGCAGCAGCAGCAAAAUACCACAGGACCAGUGACACAACCUGAUUCGGAGGCUGAGGAUUAUGUUUACGACAUUUAUUACCGUUACCAGCUGCCCACGUUUUCCGGAAUUCCUGGAGCACCCCAAGCUUCUGGCGAAGGACUCAUUGGACUCAUUCGUUUUGAAUCCGACGAUGAGAAACUUCUUGGAGUUGGCGACGAUGACGAAGAUAGUGACGUCAUGGCCACCGAUGAUGAAGAUUCCAAUGCCGAGGAUUAUUACAAAAACGAUUACCCCGAUGAGGAAAGUGACGGUGCUGGAGACGACCAAGAUUACCGGUUUGGAAAGGCUUCUCGGGGGGAAAAUUCAGAUUCGGAUGUUGCAUACGAUUAUACUCAUCUGGCUUACGAUGAUGACGAUAAUGAGGAUCCAUAUAAUGAUGACGGGUAUGAGCACGACUAUGGUGGAGAUUUGGAAGAUGAUGAUAUGGACUCUGCAUAUGCAGGACGGCCUGGAACAACGCGUCGGAAGAACUACCGCCGGGCACACGUGCGGGGUGUGGGCGGAAUCACGCCUGGGGUUUCUGGGCCCAAUGGACCCGAGAACGAGGACGGGUUUGAUGAGGAUGAAGUGGUUGAAGGGUUAGGGUACCUUGGGCUGGGCUCAGGGUCUGCAGGCGAGGAAGGAGAGACUAUGGAGCAGUACCGGGACCGGAUUUUUGAGCAGCUUCAGCGUGAGAUUGAUAAGCGAGGCGAGCGGGCUGAGGAUCGGUUGCAUGAAUGA